AUGUACAAGAAGAAAACCAAGGAGCUCUAUACAGCUAACAGGAACAUAAUGGAUGGCUGCGCUACAUUUUACCGCAGCACGCUGUUCAAAGAGACUGCAAAAUAUGAGCUUGAGUUUGACAAAACAGCAUUGGCCUUUGUUGAAGCACUGGAACCUCAGCUUAGAAGUGAAGGUAGCUUCCGUCUGUUGAAGGGCAAUGGUAUGCUUGUUGCUAUAUUAGAGAUUCGAGACAAUGAAAGAUUCUGUGAUGUUUUCCCAUCUAGAAUUUGUGUGGCAAACACCCACAUCCACGCCGAUUCAAACAUUCCAGAUGUGAAGUUAUCUCGGAUUGUUAGCCUUAUCAAUAGACUUGAGGAAAUUGUCCAUCCUCAGAUUCCUCUACUCAUUUGUGGGGACUUCAAUUCUCUUCCCACAAGUGAUUCUUAUACGUUUGUGGUCACCGUCAGCUGUGAUAUUGUUGAUAAUGAGAAACAGGACCCUUUGGGGAUAUUUAAUCAUCAAAGGCUUCAGCAUUCCUUGCAUCUGUAUGUGGAUAAGGCCGCAUGUAAACUGAGGUCACACAUUGAAAAUGAACCAAAUUGGGCAUUUAGUGAGGAUGAAGCGUACAACACUAUCUAA